GAUAGAGCAAUUCCAUGCACGAGAAGCGAGCAGAGGUGGAGAGGGAACGCAGAGAUGGGGACUGAGCGCUGAGAGCAGAUCUAGUCGGGGAAGAUCGACAGAAACGUGAGUAAGAAGGUUAGCGGGAGCCGAGAUGAUGGAGCCCAGAAAUCGGCUUUACAGGACAUUGCUCUCUGCAGCAGACGUGACUCUGAGCACUGGAGUGUGCUCAAAUUAGCAAAGGGGGACGAGGCAGGACGGGAGGUCUGCAGAGCCUUGCUUCAGCUUGCCCGCAUGCAGCUGAUUUAUCACCAAAGGGCUCGGUGGCAGCGCGCUUGUACAUGUGUGUCUAUGCGUGCCGUUUUUUAUGGGUCCUUGUAGCGCUCGGAGCUUUGGGAGAGACCAUUCCUCCAGUCAUAAAAUGACAUUCAGCAGACAGGAGCUCUGUGCGCUGCUGCGGCUCUGCAGUCCUCAGUAGGAAGUAGGAGAGCGCCAGUCGAGGCUUUUAUCCAGUGCGAGAGCCUUUGUUUAUGCUUCUGCGCGUUGAGGUAAGCCGGCCAGGAUCAGCCAAAUGCCUCAUGUGUCUUGAGGUGAGAGUAGCAAGACAAGUGAAGACCAUGCAAGGACGGGUACUAGUGGCAGGGAGGCCGGCUGAAGUACAGAAAGCGGCGCCCUGGAGGUAGACUGGCUAAAAAAGAGAGGCUGAUCAUGCCUGUCAAACAGUGAGGUAUAGCAUAUGCUGUAGUGCAGAACAGAGUGGUGCGGCAGGGGAGGACAAGCAUCGCUGCACAAGGGAAGGAGGGAGGGAGAAGAGCAAAGCAAAGGGGGGAGGCGAGCAGAUCAGCACCUCUUCACCACUGGCCUGGAGGAAGCACAACAUCACCCAAGGCCAGGUGUAGAGGUCAAAAGGGAGCUGGUGCCACGCGAAGCUGGGGGAGGCGAGCAGUGCCCGUGACCCCUCCGAGAAGAAGAAAGGUCACCUCCGAGUCCGCAGUUUGCUCGUCCUGACUCUUCACCAUGGGAGAAUGGACCAUCCUGGAGAGGCUGCUGGAGGCAGCUGUCCAGCAGCACUCCACCAUGAUUGGCAGGUGGCCGGAAAAAGGAGACCAAAGGGAUGUCCGUGUUGCUCUGUUUCUACUGGAUUUGAUCCUGCUAACCGUGGUGGUGAUUUUCCGCAUCCUGAUCGUGGGCAUAGUGGGCGAAAAAGUGUACGAAGACGAGCAGAUCAUGUUCAUCUGCAACACCAUGCAGCCCGGUUGCAACCAGGCUUGCUACGACAAAGCCUUCCCCAUAUCCCACAUCCGGUACUGGGUUUUCCAGAUCAUCCUGGUGUGCACGCCCAGCCUGUGUUUCAUCACGUACUCGGUCCACCAGUCGGCCAAAGCUCGGGACCGCAGCUACUCCCUGCUGCACCCUUACAUGGACCACCACGGUCACGGUCACCACGGGCGCCACCACGACCAUCACGCUCGCAAGCUUCACUCCCGCAAUAUCAACGGUAUCCUGGUGCACCCCGACAGUAGUAAGGAGGAUCACGAUUGCCUGGAGGUGAAGGAGAUCCCCAACGGACCUCGAGGGCUCCCGCCGACGCACAAGAGCGCCAAGGUGCGGCGACAGGAAGGGAUCUCCCGCUUCUACGUCAUCCAGGUGGUUUUCCGCAACGCCCUAGAGAUCGGCUUCCUGGCGGGCCAGUACUUCCUGUACGGCUUCAACGUGCCAGGGAUGUUUGAGUGCGACCGCUACCCUUGCGUGAAGGAGGUGGAGUGCUACGUGUCCCGCCCCACGGAAAAGACCGUCUUCCUGGUCUUCAUGUUCGCAGUCAGCGGCAUUUGCGUGGUGCUCAACUUAGCCGAGCUCAACCACCUGGGCUGGCGGAAGAUAAAGACGGCGAUCCGCGGCGUGCAGGCCCGAAGGAAGUCCAUCUGCGAAGUGCGCAAGAAGGACGUUUCCCACCUGUCGCAAGCCCCCAACCUGGGCAGGACCCAAUCCAGUGAGUCGGCCUACGUCUGACAGAGGCUUCUCCGCCUGGGGGCUCUGGGACAUGUGACAUUUUGGAGAAGAACUUUUCCCCUCGGCCCCGGACCCCCGACGAUUAAUAGGGCACAAAAAGACCGCCGCAUUAAGACUAUGACUUCCAAGGAGCACAGCGAAGACUAAUCAGCUUCCCGCAAGAGACUUUGGUGCUGCUUAACCCAUUAGCUGCCAUUGACGGCGAUAGCAGAAGAACGACAAGAGCCACGUAGCUUGCAGGUGUCUAUCAUCGUCAAUAGCACUGAAAGAGUAAUGCUCCUUCCUAAAACUGAGAGAGCGUUCCACUCUGCCUAGGUGACACUAGGUGCCUUUAAAACACCCAACAGACAAAUGAGCAAUUAAAUAAUAGGAACUUAGCGUCAAGGUAAAUUGCAUUGACUUGCCUUUUGCUGUAGCUCAUGAAUACUGUAAUCCUCUUGUGUUAAGGCAAAAAAAGAUGCAUACGCAUGAGUGCGGAGGAAAAAAGCCAAUCGCUCACUUGAGUCGGAAAACGGAAUUUGAGGAUUAUCGGAGAUGCUGAGAGAGACUCAUACAUCUCAUCGUCACUCAGUGGACAUGUGCUUAACUAACUUUUGUUAAUUCUAAGACACAAUUUCUCACUAGAUAUAAGGGCACUGACUACACUGGGCGAGAAUUUGAAAAAUUCAGGUCUGUUUUUAACCCGUUUUUGGGUGCAGAAUCCAAAACUGAUCUCAGUUUUCUUCUAUCAUAUCAAGUUUUUACAGGCUGCUCAUGUUGUUUUUGUUAUUGUUGAGUAUGUGUACACUAUCCUUUUUGUCUAUUCCUCUGUUAUUCGCGGAUUGAUCACAAUGAAAUUUUACAGGAACAGUGGGGCAAAUAAGUAUUUAGUCAACCACUCAUUGUGCAAGUUCUCCCACUUGAAAAUAUUAGAGAGGCCUGUAAUUGUCAGCAUGGGUAGACCUCAAA